CAAAAGACAACUUCUUUUUCCUCUCUUCCCAAUUCUUCCUUCCAUCUCCCCUGGGCUGGGCCCCCGGGGAACCGGCGAUGGCCACGCCGUCAUCCCGCGCCGCGCGGACGCGGUGGUCGGCGCUGGCGGCGAGCGCGCUGAUCCAGUGCUUCGCGGGGAGCUCCUACUGCUUCGGGGUCUACUCCCCGGCGCUCAAGGCCUCCCAGGGCUACGACCAGUCCGCGCUCGACGCCGUCGCCAUCUUCAAGGACGUCGGCGCCAACGCCGGCAUUCUCUCCGGGUUCCUCGCCGCCUGGGCCCCCGCGGGAGGGCACCGCCGCCCCUGGCUCGUCCUCCUCGCCGGCGCCGCCCUCUGCGUCGCGGGGUACCUCCCCAUGUGGCUCGCCGUCAAGGGAUUCGCGCCGGCGCCGCUCCCGCUCAUGUGCUUCUACAUGCUCCUCGCGGCGCAGGCGCAGACGUUCCUCAACACCGCCGACGUAGUCACCGCCGUCGAGAACUUCUCCGACCGCCGCGGCACCGUCAUCGGCAUCAUGAAGGGUUUUCUAGGCUUGAGUGGAGCAAUACUGGUCCAAGUACACAGCACUCUCCAUAUUGAUCCUGGCAGUUUCAUACUUAUGCUGGCAAUAUUACCCACAGCCAUCACAUUGCUGCUCAUGUAUUUUGUCGACGUCCACAGCUCGCAUCGACGGUACAACAAGAAGUUUCUCGAUGCUUUCUCUCUCAUUGCCAUUACUGUUGCUGGGUAUCUAAUGGUUGUCAUAAUCUUUGACCAAGUAUUCGUGAUAAGUUCAGCUGUGCAGAGUGCUUGCUUUGUGAUACUCCUGCUGUUGGUCAUGUCUCCAGUAGCUGUUGUCGUAAAGGCCCAGAAGACAGAAUCGUCAGAUCAAGAAGAACCAAUUUCAGAAGAAAGAACUGGAUUGCUUCCUGAGGAGACUGCAGAGGAUUCUGAGAAUGCCAGCUCUAGCACUGCAUUUGUGGGAUCUACCGAGGACAUAUCGUCAGGCAAAGAAAACCUGAAUGUGGUACAGGCCAUGUGCAAACUGAACUUCUGGCUGCUCUUUCUCGCAAUGUCUUGCGCGAUGGGGUCGGGGCUCGCCACGGUGAACAACAUCAGCCAGAUUGGGGGUUCCCUUGGCUACACAAGUAGGGAGACCAGCACUCUGGUGUCACUCUGGAGCAUCUGGAACUUCUCAGGGAGGUUUGGUGCAGGCUACAUCUCUGAUCACUUCCUCCGGUCGCGAGGACUUGGCAGGCCCUUCUUCAUAGGUGCUACGCUUAUGGUCAUGAGCAUAGGCCACGCCAUCAUCUCCUCCGGCCUCCCCGCGUCUCUCUACAUCGGAUCAGUCCUUGUGGGCCUGUGCUACGGGUCUCAGUGGGCUCUAAUGCCAAGCAUAACAUCGGAGAUAUUCGGGCUGAACCAUUUCGGCACCAUCUUCAACACGGUGGCUGUUGCGAGCCCCGUAGGCUCUUACAUCCUCUCUGUGCGCGUUGUCGGGUACAUCUACGACAGGGAGUCGACGAUACAAGGCAAGCUUGCUUGUGCCGGUAAGCACUGCUUCGCGCUCUCCUUCGUGAUAAUGGCAUGCGUCUGCAUCUUCGGGUCCGCUGUCGCUUUUAUGCUGUUCAUCAGGACGAGGAAGUUUUAUAGUCGGGUUGUGUACGCCAGACUACAGUGUUUUGUUGAGAAAUGACAGGUUUGGAUACGCAAACAAAGUUUGUUUUUCCCCUGUGUUCUUGCAACAUUAUAUAUCAUGUUAGUUUUUGUAUUGUGGUACAAUAUUAUAGCAGCAUUAUAAUAGUCACUUCAUCUUUUGUGAA